AUGCCGAAAGGAGUGGUGAGAUCCGUAUGGAUCCAUCUACACUUAGGCUUACAUAUUAGUACCCAGUGUUCCUCUGCACAAGCCUCUGCUUUCUUGCAGGAUGCCACAAUUUGGAAGCCUGAUUCAUGCCAGAACUGCCGUUGCCAUGGUGAUAUUGUGAUCUGCAAACCUGUUGUUUGCAAAAACCCUCGGUGUGCCUUUGAGAAGGGAGAAGUGCUGUGGAUCGCCCCCAACCAGUGCUGCCCACAGUGUGCACCCAGGACUCCCGGCUCUUGUCACCAUGAGGGAAAAAUCCAUGAGCAUGGCACAGAGUGGGCCUCAGGUCCAUGUACUUUGUGCUCUUGCACCUAUGGAGAGGUGAGAUGCUCACACCAACAAUGCACCCCAUUAUCAUGUGGACCACAGGAGCUAGAAUUCCUUGCUGAAGGACGCUGCUGCCCUAUCUGUGUGGGAACUGGGAAACCCUGUUCCUAUGAUGGCCACGUGUUUCAAGAUGGAGAGGAUUGGCCACUGAGCCACUGUGCCAAGUGUGUAUGCAGAAAUGGACUCACGCAGUGCUUUACAGCCCAGUGUCAACCUCUAUUUUGUAACCAGGAUGAAAUCGUCGUCCGGGUCCCUGGAAAAUGCUGCUCUCAGUGCUCUGCGCGAUCCUGCUCGACAGCUGGCCAAGUGUACGAGCAUGGCGAACAGUGGAAAGAAGAUGCUUGCACCCUGUGUAUGUGUGACCAGGGACAGGUCAGGUGCCACAAACAGGCCUGCCCGCCACUGAGAUGUGCAAAGGGUCAGAGCAGAGCCCGGCAUCACGGGCAGUGCUGUGAGGAAUGUGUGUCUGCUACCAGAAGUUGCUCAUCCGGUGGGGUCCUGCGGUACCAGGAUGAAAUGUGGAAGGGCUCGGCCUGUGAGUUCUGCGUGUGUGACCAGGGCCGAGUGACCUGCCAGACAGGAGAGUGUGCCAAGGUGGCCUGUGCCCCGGGUGAAGAAUUAGUUCACUUAGAGGGAAAAUGCUGCCCAGAAUGCAUUUCGAGGAAUGGUUAUUGUGUUUAUGAACAGAAGGCAGAGAUUAUGUCUUCAAAUUCGAGUGAAAUUAAGCAUGUUCCAGAGGGGAAGAAGUGGGAAGAAGGCCCUUGCAAACUGUGUGAAUGCCGGGAUGCUCAAGUUACUUGCUACGAGCCAUCUUGCCCACCGUGUCCAGUGGCUACCUUAGCCAUGGCGGUGAAGGGACAAUGCUGUCCCGACUGCACACCAGUUCACUGCCACCCAGACUGCUUGACCUGCUCUCACUCUCCAGAGCAUUGUGACCUCUGCCAGGAUCCCACGAAGCUGCUGCAGAAUGGGCGAUGUGUGCCUAGCUGUGGUCUGGGCUUUUACCAAGCAGGCAGCCUUUGUUUAGCCUGCCAGCCCCAGUGCUCCACAUGCACCAGCGGCCUGGAGUGUUCAUCUUGCCUGCCUCCCCUGCUGAUGCAGCAGGGACAGUGUGUGUCUGCCUGCGGGGAUGGUUUCUACCAAGAUCACCACUCUUGUGCAGUCUGUCACGAGUCCUGUGCAGGUUGCUGGGGUCCCACAGAGAAGCACUGUGUGGCCUGCAGAGACCCACUGCUGGUGCUGAGAGACGGCAGCUGUGAGAACACCUGUGGCGAUGGCUUCUACAACAGGCAGGGGACCUGCGUUGCUUGUGACCAAUCCUGUAAGAGCUGUGGCCCCAGUAGUCCCAGAUGUCUUACCUGUGCUGAGAAGACAGUGUUACAUGAUGGGACGUGCAUUUCUGAAUGCCCUCAUGGCUACUAUGCUGAUACCACUGGAAGAUGCAAAGUUUGUCACGUGUCCUGUGCCAGCUGCUCUGGGCCAGCAGCUGCUCACUGUACGGCCUGCGUCCAUCCCCAGGUUCUUCGUCAAGGCCACUGUUUGCCAAGCUGUGGAGGAGGCUUUUACCCUGACCAUGGGACCUGUGGAGCCUGCCAUGGCUCCUGCCACACGUGUGUGGGUCCCGAGCCCAAUCAUUGUACCCAGUGUAAGAAGCCAGAGGCAGGACUCCAGGUGGAGCAGCACUCAGGGGAAAACGUCCCCUAUGGCAAGUGUGUUUCUCAGUGUGGAACCCACUUUUACUUGGAGAGCACUGGACUAUGUGAAGCUUGCCAUCCAUCCUGCCUCCUGUGUGAAGGGAAGAGCCCUCGAAACUGCACAGGCUGUGGGCCUGCCCACGUGCUGCUGGCUGGGCGCUGCCUCUCCCAGUGUCCAGAGACCCACUUUAACCAGGAAGGUACUUGUACAGAGUGCCACCCAUCAUGCAGGCAGUGCCAUGGGCCUCUGGAAUCGGACUGUGUAUCCUGCCACCCUCACCUUACUCUCUCCAGUGGGCGCUGUAAGGCCAGCUGCAAGGAUGAGCAAUUCCUGAACCUUGUCGGGUAUUGUGCUGACUGCCAUCCUCUGUGCCAGCACUGUGUGGCCAAUCUCCAAGACACUGGUAGCGUGUGCCUAAAGUGCCAGCAUGCCCGCCACCUGCUGCUUGGAGAUCACUGCGUUCCAGACUGCCCUCCUGGACACUAUAAAGAGAGAGGCACUUGUAAAAGAUGCCAUCCCUCCUGCAGAAGCUGCCAGAAUGGAGGGCCUUUCUCCUGCUCCUCUUGCGACACUGGUCUGGUUCUGACCCACAUUGGUACCUGCAGCUCCACCUGCUUCCCUGGGCAUUAUUUGGAUGAUAACCAAGCUUGCCAGCCAUGCAACAGGCAUUGUAGAAGCUGCGAUUCACAGGGCAGCUGCACCUCCUGCCGAGACCCAAGCAAGGUCCUGCUCUUUGGGGAAUGCCAGUAUGAGAGCUGCACACCCCAGUACUACCUUGACAUCUCCACCAAGACGUGCAAAGAGUGUGACUGGAGUUGCAACGCCUGUACCGGGCCUCUCCGAACGGACUGCCUGCAAUGCAUGGACGGCUAUGUUCUCCAGGAUGGUGUGUGCGUGGAGCAGUGCUCACCACAGCACUACCGGGACUCCGGCUUCUGUAAGCGCUGUGACAGCCACUGUCUCCAGUGCCAGGGCCCCCACAAGUGCACACGCUGCGAAGAGCCAUUUCUUCUCUUCAGAGCCCAGUGUGUUCAGGAAUGUGCGAAAGGAUACUUUGCAGACCACGCCGAACACAAAUGCACAGCCUGCCCUCAGGGAUGCUUGCAGUGCAGCCACAAAGAUCGGUGCCACUUAUGCGACCACGGUUUCUUCCUGAAGAGUGGCUUCUGCAUGCCCACCUGUGUCCCUGGUUUCUCUGGCCACUCAUCUAAUGAAACCUGCACUGACCAAGUGUACACUCCAAGUCUUCAUGUGAACGGCUCCUUGACCCUUGGAAUCGGUUCAAUGAAGCCACUGGACUUUUCUCUCCUGAACAUCCAACACCAAGACGGCAGAGUGGAAGAUCUGCUGUUCCACGUUGUAAGCACGCCCACCAAUGGUCAGCUCCUGCUCUCAAGAAAUGGCAAAGAGGUCCAGCUGGAGAAGGCUGGCCACUUUAGCUGGAAAGAUGUGAAUGGGAAGAAAGUGCGCUUUGUGCACAGCAAAGAGAAGCUCAGGAAAGGCUACUUUUCCUUGAAAAUUAGUGACCAGCAAUUCUUCUCUGAGCCACAGCUGAUCAACAUACAAGCAUUUUCAACGCAGGCCCCGUAUGUGCUGAGAAAUGAGGUUCUGCACAUCAGCAAAGGAGAGCGGGCGGCCAUCACCACCCAGCUGCUUGACAUCCGGGACGAUGACAACCCCCAGGAUGUGGUCCUGAAUGUCCUCGAUCCUCCCCGUCAUGGCCAAUUGCUCCAAAUGCCUCCAGCCCCUGCGGCCUCGGUUUAUCAGUUCCAUCUGGAUGAACUCUCCAGGGGCCUCCUCCUCUAUGCUCAUGAUGGCUCAGACAGCACAUCUGAUAUUAUAGUCUUUCAGGCCAAUGACGGACACUCCUUCCAAAAUAUACUGUUUCGUGUGAAGAAUGUGCCCAAGAAUGACAGAGCUCUGCGGCUUGUGACUAACUCAAUGGUGUGGGUUCCGGAAGGGGGGAUGCUGAAGAUCACCAACCGAAUCUUGCGGGCUCAAGCUCCAGGUGUCAGAGCCGAUGACAUCAUCUACAAGAUCACACACGACCACCCCCAGUUCGGGGAGGUGGUCCUCCUGAUGAAUCUGCCUGCAGACAGUCCAGCCGGUCCUGCCGAGGAAGGGCAUCACCUGCCUGAUGGAAGGAUGACGACCCCCGUCAGUACCUUCAGCCAGCAGGACAUCGAUGAUGGCAUCGUGUGGUACAGACACUCGGGAGCCCCGGCUCAGAGUGACUCCUUCCACUUCCAGGUGUCCAGUGCCACCAAUGCCCAGGAACACCCGCAAAGCCACAUGUUCAACAUUGCAAUCUUACCUCAGGCACUGGAGGCACCUAAACUCUCCCUGGGAACAUCUCUCCAUAUGACUGCUCGUGAGGAUGGCCUAAGUGUCAUUCACCCUCAGUCCUUAUCCUUUGGGAAGGCAGAGAGUCCCAGUGGAAAGAUAAUAUACAACAUUACCGUACCUCUGCAUCCAAACCAAGGUGUCAUUGAACACAGAAGCCGGCCUAACUCUCCUAUCCGGUAUUUCACUCAGGAAGAGAUAAACCAAGGUCAAAUCAUGUACCGCCCUCCCGCAGCACCUCCCCACCUCCAGGAGUUCAUGGCCUUCUCAUUUGCUGGUCUCCCAGAAUCAGUGAGAUUUUACUUCACAGUUUCGGAUGGACAGCACACGAGUCCAGAGAUGGCCCUCACCAUUCACUUACUGCACUCUGAUCGGCAACCACCAGCCUUUCAAAUCAAGGCUCCCUUGCUGGAAGUUAGCCCUGGAGGCCGUACCCCUUUAGGCCUGCAGUUGGUAGUGAGAGAUGCCGAGGUGGUGCCGGAAGAGCUCUUCUUCCAGCUUCAGAAACCUCCACAGCACGGCAUGCUCGUGAAGUACACAGCAAAGUCCUCGGUGACCAUGUCUGCAGGUGACACUUUCACCUAUGAUGAAGUUGAGAGAAACGUUCUGCAGUACGUACACGAUGGCUCCCCUGCCUGGGAGGACAACAUGGAGAUCUCAGUCACAGAUGGCCUGACAGUGACAACCUCAGAAGUAAAAGUGGAGGUGUCCCCAUCGGAGAACCGAGAGCCCAGGCUGGCCCCUGGCUCCUCCCUGAGCAUGACUGUUGCUAGUCAACACACAGCCAUAAUCACCAGGUCACACCUUGCCUACGUGGAUGACUCCUCCCCUGACUCAGAGAUCUGGAUUCAGUUAAGUUCUCUGCCAUUGUACGGUGUGCUCUUAAAGACCUCAGGACCUGACGUGGAGGAGCUCUCAGGGGAUUCCAAUUUCACCAUGGAGGACAUCAACCGUAAGAACAUUAGGUACUCUGCUGUGUUUGAGACGGAAGGGCAAUCGGUUACAGAUGGCUUCCACUUCUCUGUCUCAGACAUGGACAACAACCGUGUGGACAACCAGGUCUUUACCAUCACGGUCACUCCUGCCGAGAACCCUCCACACAUCAUUGCCUUUGCUGACCUUAUCACGGUCGAUGAGGGAGGGAGAGCACCACUCUCCCUCCACCACUUCUUUGCCACUGAAGAUCAGGACAACCUUCAGGGGGACGCUGUCAUUAAGCUAAGUGCUCUGCCCAAGUAUGGCUGCAUUGAGAACACAGGAACAGGAGACCGCUUUGGCCCAGGAGCAAACAGUGAGCUGGAGGCGUCAUUCCCUAUUCAAGACGUCCUGGAAAACUACAUUUACUAUUUUCAGAGCGUUCACGAGAGCAUCGAGCCCACCCAUGACGUUUUUAGCUUUUAUGUGAGCGACGGAAGUGGUCGCUCUGAAAUUCACAGCAUCAAUAUCACCAUCGAGAGGAAGAAUGAUGAGCCUCCCAGGAUGACCCUACGACCCCUGGGAGUACGGCUAAGCUCGGGAGUGGCGAUAAGCAAUUCUUCCUUGAGCCUACAAGAUCUGGACACCCCAGAUAACGAGCUGAUUUUCGUAUUGAUGAAAAAGCCUGACCACGGUCACCUACUCCGGAGGCCUACUGCCUCUGACCCUCUAGAAAAUGGGACGGUUUUAGACCAAGGCUCCUCCUUCACCUAUCAGGAUAUCCUGGCCGGGCUGGUCGGGUACUUACCUGGUGAUAUCUACAUGGCAGUAGAUGAGUUCCGGUUCUCUCUCACGGAUGGCCUCCAUGUAGACACAGGGAGGAUGGAGAUCUACAUAGAACUGCCCACAAGCAACAUUCCCCAUUUGGCAAUAAACCGAGGACUUCAGCUCUCAGCAGGGUCUGUAGCACGCAUCACAGAGCAGCACUUGAGAGCGACAGACACUGACUCGGAGGCUGGCCAGCUUGUGUACAUCGUGAAGGAAGACCCUGGCGCAGGGCAUCUACAGAUGGCUAAGGCUGACAAACUGGAGCAGAUCUCUGUUAGAGGCCCCAUCCGGAGCUUCACCCAGGCAGACGUUAGCCAAGGGCAGAUAGAAUACAGCCACGGACCAGGAGAAGCUGGUGGGAGCUUUGCUUUUAAAUUCGACGUGGUUAAUGGGGAAGGCAAUAAGUUGGCUGACCAAUCAUUUUCCAUCAGUGUUUUAGAAGACAAAUCCCCACCAGUCAUCAUCACCAAUAAAGGGCUGGUCUUGGACGAGAACUCUGUGGAAAAAAUCACGACUGCACAGCUCUUGGCCACCGACCAGGACAGCAAGCCUACAGAACUCAUCUACAGAAUCACCAGCCAGCCCCAGCUGGGCCACCUGGAACAUGUGGCCUCCCCAGGCAUCCAGAUUAGUUCCUUUACCCAAGCUGACCUGACUUCACGAAAUGUUCAAUAUGUCCAUUCUAGUGGGACCGGGAAACUAUCAGAUGCCUUCAGCUUCGUGCUGUCCGAUGGCUUGCAUGAGGUGACACAGACCUUCUCCAUCACGAUUCACCCUGUGGAUGAUUCACUGCCCCUUGUGCAGAACCGAGGCAUGCGUGUGCAGGAGGGUGUGAGGAAGGCCAUCACAGAGUUUGAGCUGAGGGCAGUGGAUGUGGACACAGAGGCUGAGUCUAUCACCUUCACCGUUGUGCAGCCCCCACGCCAUGGCACCAUCGAGAGAACGGCCAGGGGCCAGCGCUACCAGCUCACCUCCUCCUUCACUAUGGAAGACAUCUACCAGAACCGUGUCAGCUAUAGCCAUGACGGCAGCAACUCCCUCAAAGACCGAUUUACCUUUACCGUUUCUGAUGGGACCAACCCCUUCUUUAUCAUUGAGGAAGGAGGAGAAGAGAUCAUGACAGCAGCCCCGCAGCAGUUCCUUGUGGACAUCCUCCCUGUGGAUGACGGCACCCCUAGAAUUGUCACCAACCUGGGGCUCCAGUGGCUGGAGUAUAUGGAUGGCAAGGCAACCAACCUGAUCACCAAGAAGGAACUGCUGACCAUGGACCCAGACACCGAGGACUCACAGCUUAUCUAUGAGGUCACCACAGGCCCCAUGCAUGGUUACGUGGAGAACAAGCUGCAGCCGGGCAGAGUUGCGGCCACCUUCACCCAGGAGCACGUGAACUUGGGGUUGAUUCGUUACGUGUUGUAUGAGGAGAAGAUCCAGAAAAUGAUGGACAGUUUUCAGUUCCUGGUGAAGGACAGUAAGCCCAAUGUGGUCAGCGACAACAUCUUCUAUAUCCACUGGUCUCUCAUCAGCUUUAAAUAUACCAGCUAUAACGUCAGCGAGAAGGCGGGCUCCGUCAGUGUCACGGUGCAGAGGACUGGAAACCUGAACCAGUAUGCCAUCGUCCUGUGUCGAACGGAACAAGGCACAGCCAGCUCCAGCUCUAGGGUCAGCUCUCGUCCUGGACAGCAGGACUAUGUGGAGUAUGCUGGCCAGGUGCAGUUUGACGAACGAGAGGACACAAAGUCCUGCACCAUUGUCAUCAACGAUGAUGACGUAUUUGAGAAUAUCGAAAGUUUCACCGUGGAGCUCAGCAUGCCGGCCUAUGCCCUGCUGGGAGAGUUCACCCAGGCGAAGGUCAUUAUCAAUGACACUGAGGAUGAGCCCACAUUAGAGUUCGAUAAGAAGACCUACCGGGUCAACGAGAGCGCUGGGUUUCUGUUUGCACCCAUCAAGAGACAAGGAGACCCAAGCAGCGCGGUGUCUGCCAUUUGCUACACGGUUCCGAAGUCAGCCAUGGGAAGCAGCCUCUAUGCUCUGGAGUCAGGAUCCGACUUCAAGUCCAGAGGGAGGUCUGCUGAGAGUCGUGUGCUACUGGGACCCGGUGUCACCACGUCCACAUGUGAUGUGAUGGUUAUCGAUGACAGCGAGUAUGAGGAGGAAGAGGAGUUUGAGAUAGCCCUGGCUGAUGCUUCCAACAAUGCCCGCAUUGGAAGGCUGGCAGUGGCCAAGGUCCUCAUUAGUGGUCCCAAUGAUGCCUCAACUGUCUCCCUGGGCAACACAGCUUUCACCAUCAGUGAGGAUGCAGGCACAGUGAAGGUCCCAGUUAUCCGCCAUGGCACUGACCUUUCUACCUUCACAUCUGUCUGGUGUGCCACACGGCCCUCAGACCCAGCGUCUGCCACUCCAGGAGUCGACUAUGUCCCCAGCUCAAGGAAGGUGGAAUUUGGGCCAGGUGUCACUGAGCAGUACUGCACUUUGACUAUCUUGGACGACACACAAUACCCAGUAAUCGAAGGGCUGGAGACAUUUGUGGUUUUCCUCAGCUCAGCACAAGGAGCCGAGCUGACCAAGCCCUCGCAGGCUGUCAUUGCAAUUAAUGACACAUUCCAGGAUGUUCCCAGCAUGCAGUUUUCCAAGGAUUUGCUUCUAGUGAAGGAAAAGGAGGGUGUCCUGCACAUUCCCAUCAUCCGGAGCGGGGACCUGAGCUACGAGUCCUCAGUGAGGUGUUACACUCAGAGCCACUCCGCUCAGGUCAUGGAGGACUUCGAAGAGAGAAGAAACACAGACUCUUCACGGAUUACGUUUCUGAAAGGGGAGAAGGCAAAGAACUGCACAGUCUACAUCCAUGAUGACUCCAUGUUUGAGCCUGAGGAGCAGUUCCGGGUCUACCUUGGCCACCCUCUUGGAAACCACUGGAGUGGAGCUAGAAUUGGGAAGAACAGCAUGGCCACUGUCACCAUAUCCAAUGAUGAAGACGCCCCCACCAUCGAGUUUGAAGAAGCUGCACACCAAGUCCGGGAACCUGCAGGGCCGGAUGCCACUGCAGUUCUGAGCAUCAAGGUCAUCCGCAGAGGCGAUCAAAACAGGACCUCUAAGAUCCGAUGCAGCACCCGAGACGGCUCUGCCCAGUCUGGUGUGGAUUAUUACCCCAAGAGCAGAGUCCUGAAAUUCAGUCCCGGUGUGGAUCACAUCUUCUUCAAAGUCGAGAUCCUGUCCAAUGAGGAUCGAGAAUGGCACGAAUCCUUUUCCCUAGUCCUUGGUCCGGACGAUCCAGUGGAAGCAGUGCUUGGGGAUGUGACCACUGCUACGGUGACAAUUCUAGACCAAGAGGCGGCAGGGAGUCUCAUAUUGCCGGCACCACCCAUUGUAGUCACUCUUGCUGACUACGAUCACGUGGAAGAGCUGUCAAAGGAAGGCGUCAAGAAAGCCCCAUCCCCAGGCUACCCGCUAGUUUGUGUCACGCCCUGCGACCCCCACUACCCCAGGUAUGCUGUCAUGAAGGAGCGCUGCAGCGAGGCUGGUAUCAACCAAACGUCUGUGCAGUUCAGCUGGGAGGUGGCUGCGCCCACCGACGGCAAUGGGGCUCGGUCUCCCUUUGAGACCAUCACGGACAGCACACCAUUCACCAGCGUCAACCACAAGGUCCUAGACAGCAUUUACUUCAGCCGGAGGUUCCAUGUGCGGUGUGUGGCUAAGGCUGUGGACAAGGUGGGCCAUGUAGGGACCCCGUUGAGGAGCAAUGUUGUUACCAUUGGAACCGACAGUGCUAUCUGCCACACCCCAGUAGUGGCUGGGACAGCUCGAGGUUUCCAGGCACAGUCCUUCAUUGCAACCUUGAAGUACUUGGACGUCAAACACAAAGAACAUCCGAACAGAAUCCACAUCUCCGUGCAGAUCCCUCACCAGGACGGAAUGCUGCCCCUAAUCUCGACCAUGCCCCUACAUAACCUGCACUUCCUGUUGUCGGAGUCCAUUUACAGACACCAGCACGUCUGCUCCAACCUAGUCACUGCCCGGGACCUGCGAGGCCUCUCAGAGGCAGGGUUCCUGGAUGACGCAGGUCUCCACAGUACUGCCCUGGGCCCUGGCUACGACCGUCCCUUCCAGUUUGACCCCAGUGUACGGGAGCCCAAAACCAUCCAGCUGUACAGACACCUGAACCUGAAGAGCUGCGUGUGGACCUUUGAUGCAUACUAUGACAUGACAGAGCUCAUCGACGUGUGUGGGGGCUCCGUGACUGCUGACUUCCAGGUGAGAGACUCUGCUCAGUCGUUCUUGACGGUGCACGUGCCUCUCUACGUGUCCUACAUCUACGUGACAGCCCCCAGGGGCUGGGCCUCCUUAGAGCACCACACUGAGAUGGAAUUCUCUUUCUUCUAUGACACAGUUCUUUGGAGAACAGGGAUCCAGACAGACAGUGUGCUCUCUGCAAGACUUCAGAUACUAAGAAUCUACAUUAGAGAGGAUGGCCGUCUCGUCAUCGAGUUCAAGACCCAUGCCAAAUUCAGAGGACAGUUUGUGAUGGAACACCACACCCUCCCAGACGUGAAGUCUUUCAUAUUGACUCCAGACCACCUAGGAGGAAUUCAGUUUGACUUGCAGCUCCUUUGGAGUGCUCAGACAUUUGAUUCUCCACAUCAACUCUGGCGAGCCACGAGCUCUUACAACAGAAAGGACUACUCAGGGGAGUACACCAUCUACCUGAUCCCUUGCACCGUGCAGCCCACACAGCCAUGGGUGGACCCAGGAGAGAAGUCUUUGGCCUGCACCGCUCAUGCCCCAGAAAGGUUCCUGAUACCCAUCGCGUUCCAACAGACCAACCGCCCUGUGCCGGUUGUGUAUUCGCUCAAUACUGAGUUUCAGCUCUGCAAUAACGAGAAGGUAUUCUUGAUGGAUCCCAACACGUCUGAUAUGUCGCUGGCAGAAAUGGAUUACAAAGGAGCCUUUUCCAAAGGUCAGAUCCUUUACGGCCGAGUCCUUUGGAAUCCAGAGCAAAACCUUCAUUCUGCUUACAAACUGCAGCUGGAGAAAGUCUAUCUUUGUACGGGCAAGGAUGGCUACGUGCCUUUCUUUGACCCUACGGGGACAAUCUACAACGAAGGGCCACAGUACGGAUGCAUUCAGCCAAAUAAACACCUGAAGCACAGAUUCCUGCUGCUGGACCGCAGCCAGCCAGAGGUCACUGACAAGUAUUUCCAUGAUGUGCCUUUCGAGGCCCAUUUCGCUUCUGGGUUGCCUGAUUUCCAAGUGGUCAGCAGCAUGCCGGGUGUGGAUGGAUUUACCCUCAAAGUAGAUGCCCUCUAUAAGGUGGAAGCAGGACAUCAGUGGUAUCUCCAAGUGAUCUACAUCAUUAGCCCUGACAGCCUCUCGAGGCCUCGGGUCCAGCGCUCUCUCACUGCCUCUCUGAGGCGCCACCCAAGGGACCUGGUGGACCCCAGCGGCUGGCUGUCUCUCGAUGACUCCCUCAUCUACGACAACGAAGGAGACCAGGUCAAGAACGGCACCAACAUGAAGUCCCUGAACCUGGAGAUACAGGAGCCCGUGAUAGCUGCUUCCCUGUCACAAACCGGAGCCUCUAUCGGCAGUGCCCUGGCUGCUCUGAUGCUUCUCCUGCUGCUGUUUCUGGUGGCCUGUUUCAUCACCAGGAAGUGUCAGAAGCAAAAGAAGAAGCAGCCUCCAGAGGACACUCUGGAGGAAUACCCCCUGAACACCAAGGUGGAUGUAGCCAAGAAAAACACAGACAAGGGGGAGAAGAAUGCCAACAGACAGUACUGUACCGUGCGCAACGUCAACAUACUGAGUGACAGUGAGGGGUAUUAUACGUUCAAAGGUGCUAAAGUAAAAAAACUGAACCUGGAAGUCAGAGUCCACAACAAUUUACAAGAUGGGACGGAAGUUUAAUGCGAAGACCCGAGGCGUAUUUUUCCUUUCUUUUUUUUUUCUAAAAUCCUUUUUAUAAAACGGGGAGAAAUACUGGUAUUUUUAUAAUCUUUCAAGUU